AACAUCUCGUCAAGAUUGGGAGGAGCUCACGAUAGAUGGCCUAAUGCAGGGGAAGGGAAAGGAGGACCCUGACCGAGAAGCGCGCCAACGUCAUUGCGCGCUUGGGCCUUGGCCGUCAUUUUGCUCUCCAUCUCGCUGGCGACCAGCACUCGACCACUGCAUGUUGACUUUGGCCGAACACGGACAGGCCCAUACCACCUUCGGAGCAAUUGCCAGUAUCUUUCCUUCUCUGUCAAAACUCGCCAUUGGUUCUUUAGUAUGCCUCCAAAACGCACGCAUGCCCACGACGAGACGCACACGUCGCUCAAGGACAAACUACAGAACCUCCAGGGCUCGAAUGCGCGGGGCGGUCGUCGCAACGGUGGUACCGGUGCCCUAAACGGCAGCAGCCUGAAGGAAGUGGACAAUGCCUCCACCAACAGUGGCCAGACGUCGACCGAUCUCAGUUCGUCAGGAAACAUAAAAUGGUCAUCGCAAGACCCCUCCGUCCUCCAAGGCUACCGUAGAGCCUACCGACUCGAUUGCCCGUCAAGCUUUAAGAAUCCGCUCAGCCACGUCGUAUUGAGCCAGGGCAUUGGGCGCAUGUCUCCCACCAUGGCGCGAUCAAAGGGAAAACGACGUGUUCAGAAGGACCAGCUGGGCAUGGCCGUCAAGAAAAGCUUCAACUCCCAGGCUGUGACAGAGAGCGACGUGAUUGUCGACUGGCUCUACAAGUCGAAACACCAGGACAAGGAGUUCCGCGUGCGCUUUGCACCUCAAAGGAAGUGACUGGGUCACUUGCGCCUAUACAUCGCUGCAUUUCCGACUUUCUUCGACGAUACCCCUCUUUGGCACGAUAGCCACCACUUUUUUACACACGACAUACAAGCAUUGAACAGGAGUUUGGGAUACUGGGCAUUAAUGAAUAGGGAAAGGUGACGCAUCACGGCUUGGUUUGACCGCGUAGGUUGGUCUGAUGUCCACAUACGACCCCGAGCAUGGAACAUACAGAAAUAAGGAUGAUCGGCAAUGAGCA